ACACACACACACACAGGACAGCUCCAGCAUGAAGGGUCAGUUCUCCAUCGAGUGGCUUUCUCAGAGCAGCUCAUCGGUCAGAGACGAACAGCAGACAUCCAGCACCAGCACAGACAGCCUGCCAGGCUCCUACAGCCGCUGGACCAGCCCGCACAUGGAGAAACAUAUGGAGGAGAAAUAUACAGAGGAGAAAUACCUGCAGGAGAAAAGCAUGGAGAAAUUCAUGCAUGAAAAAUAUACAGAGGAGAAACACAUGCCGGAGAAAUACACGGAGGGGAAACGCAUCCAGAAACACACACACGAGUCUGGCUUCAGCAGCAGCACAGAAGAUGAGGAGUUGUCCGGCUGUGAGAGUGAAGGCUCCCGCAGUGAAGGCUCAGGCUCUCGGUCCCCUGCAGCUCCUGGAUCUGUGGCUCCGGCUUCAGGCUCCGGGUCUCCCUCUAGUGGCCGGCGGCCGCGCACCGCCUUCAGCAGCGAGCAGAUCAGCAGUCUGGAGCGAGUCUUUAAGAGGAACGCGUAUCUGGGGGCGCAGGACAAGGCGGAGCUCUGCAGAACACUCAAACUCACCGACAAACAGAUCAGAAACUGGUUCCAGAACCGGCGCAUGAAGCUAAAGCGGACGGUUCAGGACAGUCUGGCUCAGGCCUGUCAGGUGAAGGUGGCGUCUCACAUGAUGCAUUAUUCAGAUCUGCACAGUUUCAGAGCCGCUCCGUAUCCCAGUUUCUACCCGGAGACUCCAGCAGCGUUCGCACCCCCGUAUCCCAUCAGCCCCGCAGCAGAGAGCCUGUAUUACAGCAGCUACCAGAACCUCCAGGGCGUCCCGAGCAUCCCCGUACAUCCCUACCAGUAUUACAGCACACACUGACGGAUGACACACAGCGGGACGGCGUGCAAUAAUGAUAGUAACAGCACAGGACUGGCUUUAUUGUGCUGAGGAAUUAUUUAAAGAUGUAAAUCUGGAGGGAACAGAAGCUCUAUUUUCCUGCAGGAGUGGAUUAAUAAAGUGCUUUCUAUUUGACUACA